AUGAUCGCGUUGAAAGCAUUGUUAUAUUUCAACAUACUACUAUUGUGCCAUGGACAAAAUACACUUAAUAUUUCAAAUCAAAAUAUAACAGAUCCGAUUGACGAGUACAUCGAGCGUCCCUGCGAGAUCUUCGACAAGUUCUGUAUCCGGCAGUUCCUCGCGCAGCACUCCAAGUGCAAGCCGGUGGACGGUCCGGUACCGGAUCCGCUGUACCGCGACAAGACCACCGGAUACGCGCCUCAUGCGAACGUCACGUUUAUACCCAUUGCUGUCACCGUCAGCGGCUUGAAUGGCAGAAUCGAGGAGUUUUACAUCAACAGAAAGACUGACAGACUACUUCUAGCAGUAGAGUUCACCAACCUCUACGCUGCUUCUCCCUACGCCUACCUGAGGUACCACCGCCGCGCUCAGGAGCCGCUGGUGUAUAAUGACUUUGGAAGCAUCAAUUUCACUUCUCUCGUCUUGACGAUCACCAUACCGAACUUAAAGGAUCUUCAGCUGGAGAGAUCGGAAGUGUUCGCGUACUCCCCCGGCAUACCCGUCAUUAUACUUGGCGGCAGAUUCACUGCCCAAGGCGUCGAACCGGAAGUGGUGCGAGCAGUGGCCGACAUAUUCGCCAACUUCCCGAUAACAGUACGAGAGUUGAUGCUGAACGACAACCCUUUCUACAUCGGCUCUUACAUACAAUAUAACCUGUGCGACUUCGGACUCAAACUUAUCUGA